AUGGCAGCUGAACUAAACAUAACUAGCUGGUGUAAUGCGUGUUUAACUUUGAUCCCGCCUAAGGAUGGCAAAGUGCUGUCCUACAAUGCGAAAGAAGGAAAAUUUUUGCCUACAUCAAACCUUGACGAGGACUAUGUCUCGCUCACGAAUGGCCAAUUUCAGGUAUUUGGCAGCUUUGCCUAUAUGAAUGCCAUGGUUGUGGACCGCUUAGAGCCCACUUUUGUCCCAGCACCUUUUGCGGGCUUCUUCUGCGAUGAAUCUUUGCGUCGUCCACGGAAUACUAUUGAUAUCGUUGUCGUUCGUCCGCCGCGUAGUCCAAAGGUGUUUACGGAAAUCCAAAAUGGCAAUGAAGAGACUAACAUGCGCAAAGAGUAUGCACAGGAUGUCCUAUCUACCCUCAUUUUUGAGGGCAUGUACUCUCAUGGUGCUCAUUUGAAUUAUACAUACAAGCCGGAUGGGCACGUUGAGUUACAUGGUGACGGUCGCUAUGUUGUGGAGUACUUCCGUGUGGGUGCAUAUGAAUGGAUCGCUGCUUCGGAUGACGCACAAGCACGAACUCUAUGUGUAGAUGGGACUAUUGAAGAUGUGGACAAGGUCUCGGCUCAUGCCAAAGAGAAAGAGAAUAUCUGUAUUUGGAGCUAA